AUGUUGAAAAGAAAAAUAAAUUUAAAGCUUGUACAAAAGGCAGCAAUGUUCAUGGCUGGUUUUACACUGUACCAAUGCCUAAGAAUCGCACUAACAGCCUCGAGUUUCGCCCUUAAAAGGUUCUCAAUUCCGAGAAGAAAUGUGGAUAUUUUUAUCACAAAGAUCCACAAUGCAAUGGAAGUUGCAAUUUUUCUAGGAAUUCUACUAAUGACUCUGUAUAUACUGUUCACACCUAGAAAGUACGCUCAUUACAACAAUGUGAUCUCAGUAAUAACAAACUGGCUAGUUUGCAGCCUAUACUUUGUGGUUCUAUACGCCUACGCAGGAAACGGGAAAAUGGGCCACCUAACAAUUUACUACUGGGGUCUGGUACUAUCGGGAUUCGCGAUGGGAAUGAACCAGUCAAUAGUGAUGUCGGUGAGUGUGGAUAACAUUUCGUUUUUCGCAGGCGCAAUCCCGUUCGCAGGAGUUCAGGUCUCAGUCUACCACAUUCUGUUCCUCAAGUUUAACAGAGGUAGGGAGAACUACGACGUCGAGUACUGGAUCCUGGUGUACCAGAUAAUAUUCGCAAUAAUAAUAUCAGCAGUUGCAGCCACGCUCUGGACAGUGGGAUUUUUGGGUGAGUUCACAUCCAAAAGGAGAAGAAACAGUUUAAUUGAUAACACUGAAAUCCCUGCAAUUGUGAUUGCUGGUUCUGAUCAAAACUCAGCACAAAAUGAUAAAAAUAUGGAUAAACUUAACAAAAACGAUAGUGGCAGUGAUAUCUAUAGUGAAAUGGAUUCCGAUGUAAGGCUGGGACAAAAGGGACUAAAAGACCUGGAACGAAGGUCCAAGCGUGUAUAUAUAAGAGAUUUAACAAGAAGAUUAAGUAGAUCGUUGAGUUUCUUCGUGGAUUUGUCGUUUUACAAAUCAGUUUGUAAUGCAGCGUCACCAAUUCUAAUGAGCACAAUAGCAAUGGGUCUGGUGUACUUAGUGUUUCCAGCAAUUGCGCCCUACAGGUUCACAGACCUGGUUACUGCACACAGAAUAGACGUAUCCAUCCUCAUUACUUUCAUCGCCCCUGCACUCAUUAAUAUAAUCUUGUGCGCUUAUCACAUUGGACCUAAUUGUGACUGGAGCCUUAACAAGCACUGGCACUUCGUCUGGUUGUUUGCGAUCCCAUAUUUCAUCUGCAUAAUCCUCUUCUUCGUGCCUAUCCACUACCCUGAGUCCACAUUCGGGAAACUCAUGACUGGAAACACUUCUGUGCUUGCGACGGUGUGUUUCACCUUCUCACUUAGUCACGCAAUUCUAAAGACGGUAGGGUUUACUGGGGCCGGUGUUCAAAGCACAACCAUACCAAAUCCCACCAUCGUCAACAACACUGACAUCAGUUUCGGCCCCAAAGGGCCUGGAUUGUCGGAAAAGGAAGUUAAAAUUGCGAUGCAAAACUGCAAAAAGGACCGGAGCAGGAACGGACAAGUAUCGUCAUUUAACAUUUUGUUGUCUUACUUCUUCCUAGUGGUUUUCGCCUUUUUGGGCGAUGGCUACAUUAAGACCAUUAAGCUUUUUGAGCGUAAUCGCGACUUUUGGCCCACUUACGACAUGGGUUUCUUCGCUAGUACUGCCUUCUGGAUUAAAAAAUCGUUUAAGAGGGGUUUGAGAUCCUUCGGGGAAGUCUUCACUCUAGACGUCAGAGAUCAGCUUAUGACUUGA